AUGGCCCCUUUCAGUUCCAAUUGGCUGGCCACCAGUUUCACAAGCUUGAUUCUCUAUGGGUUCUGGGGUUUUCUGGGAAAACUGGCGAUGGUGCGCGGACUUUCUGGUGCGCAGGAGGCUGGCUUAGAGAAGCUGGGAUUCUUUCUCACGUUGCCCCUCGUUCUGAAGCCAUCCUCGGGGGAUCCCAACCCUGGCCACCUUGGCUCCGGCAUCAUGUCCCGACCCAAGUUUGCCAUUUUGUCUGCGCUGCUUAGCGGAGUUACUUCAGCACUGGCUAACAUGUGCUACACUCGGGCAAUGAUGCACGGCAAUGCUGGCGCAGUGUCUGCCAUAACGGCGUCCUAUCCGCCCGUCACGUUGCUCCUCUGCUCCGUGUUCAUGAAAGAGAAAGCAUCGACUCGCAAGCUCCUGGGAUCUUUCUUUACCCUCCUGGGCGCAUACUUGAUAUCACGCGGCUGA